AUAAUAAGUUAUAUCUGAGUGAUAUUUAGUCUCCCUGAACGAUGAGUUAUGGGCAUGUUUUAAUGUGAUCUGGCAACGUCUUAGGGUGCCACAUACCAAGGAGUGCCACAGUGCCAGUCCUGACACCUCCUACCACAGUGCCACUCCUGACACCUCCUACCACAGUGCCACUCCUGACCCCUUCUACCACAGUGCCACUCCUGACACCUCCUACCACAGUGCCACUCCUGACACCUCCUACCACAGUGCCACUCCUGACACCUCCUACCACAGUGCCACUCCUGACCCCUCCUACCACAGUGCCAGUCUUAACGUCCAAUCACUGCGGGGAUUGACAGUAUAGUGGGGUGAAAAAUGAUUGGUGAUUUGUAUUUCAGUUCAUAAGUUGUGAUUGGUUAAAACGAAUCUCGAAAACGUACGUGAUUGGUGGUGAUUUGGUUAAUAGCUUGUGAUUGGUGUAGAAUCUGUGGAAGAAUCUCGAAAACGAAGAUGACCGACAGGCCAUGGAGGAUGUUGGCAAUGCUGGUAGUGGUGGGGGUAGCGUUGGUACCCCUGUUCUGUCCCACGAGAGGUCAGGUUGUCCGCGGGAAGAUAUAUCGAGGGUUGCCGGAUACCACCAUCCAAACACCACAAGACGACCCUGAAACAGUAAAACGUAGUGAAAGUGACCCUGAAAUACUGAAAUAUGGUGAAAGUGACCCUGAAAUACUGAAAUAUGGUGAAAGUGACCCUGAAAUGGUAAAAUAUGAUCAAUAUGACCCUGAGUAUAGUGAUUUAGGGCCUGAGAUAGUGUUAAAGGAUGAAAAUAGCCCUGAUGAUGGUGAGGUAAGCCCUGAAAACGAGUACUAUGACGUUAACACCCCGAGAGUCCCUGAAAUUAUCUCUCAACGUCCCUACCAAGACCCUGAAGUGGUAGUGGGUGAGGAGGGUGUCCCUAAAGAGGGUAGGUUAGGUCCUGGGGUGAAUGGUGGUGAGCAAGGGCCUGAAACCCCUGAAAUUCCCCCCGGAAACCCCCAAAAUGGCCCUGAAAUCACAGAAAACGAUAAAAUCACCCCUAGAAACCCUGAUCUUACCCACCUAGACACUAAAAUAACUCCCGAAAUCACGGAAAAUGAAAUCCCUGGACCUGAAAUCCCUGAGAAUUGGGAUAUUGUUGUUAUUUGUCUUGGUGGAGGUGAGGAUAUCACUGUCAUGGCCCAAAUCGCUUCCCUGAUGCACAGUCAAGGCCAUAAGGUCGCUGCUCUCAUCUAUGGACCUACGACUUUGGACGAAACAUUCCCUCCAGCUGUGAAGGUGCUACAGAUACCCGUGGCCCCAGAUGACCCACUGUACCCUGGGGGCGUGGCAUCAGGGGUAACACCUGGGGAGGAGGUGGGGGUAGAGUGGACAAGCGGGAGGAUAAUCGCCUCACGAAUUCUAGCAUGUAGGGAAGCAACUCAAUUACAAUGGGUUAAAGACGUAAUCUUAUCGUCAAAGUUAAUCGUGUUUCCUUUAUUCCUUCAUGAUAUAUGUGUCUUGUCGUUAGCUCACAGCACUCGGGUACCUGUCGUGGGUGUUGUGACAUCUCGUAUGGGUGCCUGGUGGGUAUGGGUAAACAUGGGCAUUUUACCCUCGCUAGGUAGUACCCCAGUGCCUCCUAAUUCUAUGGAUGACUUCGGUAUCUGGUCCAGAGCUGCUAAUCUUGCCUCGCAUUAUAGGUACCUUUCAUCCAUCCGUCAGUUAUACCAAGUCCCAGCCCUCACCGCCCUAUCCCCAGGGACUGAUCCACCAUCCCUGGACGUCCUCUACACAUCCCUAACCCACGUCCUACUAGCCUGGGACCCACUGAUUGACGCCCAUGCCCCCUACACGCCCAUGGUCAUCCCUAUUGGGGGUUUUGCAUUCGAGACUGGACGAAUAACGAAGGAUGUCUUGGUACCAGCUUUACUGAAUCGAGCAGGUGUAGUGAGUGUCUGUCCGGGUGGAAGUGAAGCAUGGGUAGGUCCUGAUGCCCUAAAUGCCCUAUAUAAUGCCCUAAAGAUGACCCCGUAUACGAUUUUAUGGAGGGCAUCGUAUGAUCUACUUCAACCAAACAUCUCACAAGACGAUUCUAUGAGGGAUAAGUUUAUCUUUAAGAAAUAUCUUCCCCUGAGUGAUGUUCUGAACCAUCCCCGUCACCGUUUACUCGUGUCGACUUGUGGUGAGACAGAAGUCAUGGCUGCUGUCUAUUUCGGCUCUCCUGUUUUAUGUCUUCCUGUUACCACUGAUCAGACAUUGGCUGCCGCUGUCGUCGAGGACCUGGGGCUAGCAGUGGUUGUCCCAGCAAAGGAGGCGACUACUUCUACACUUACAAAAGCCUUAAGUAAAUUGUCUGGGAAUAGAAGUUACAGAGAGUGUGGUAGACAACUAGGGGAAGAGUUACAUGACCAGGCCCUCUCCCCGGCUGAUCGGGUAUUGUUUACACUUGAGAGGGCCCUGCGCAGACCUCACUCCCGUAGACACAUCCCAAGACCCACCCAUCUCUCCCUCCUACAGCAGAGCAACGCAGACGUGUAUUUACUCCUGCUGGUUCUGCUGACCUGCUUAAGUGGCCUGCUGAUCCUUCUGACUAUUGUUAUGCUGCCAAUCCUGCUUAAGAAACAAAAGCGGAAGGCGGAUUAGAUUUUGUUGGGGGCUAAUUAGAUUAAGGUUAGAAUUUGUUUUAGUAGUUGGUAGAUAUACGAUGCUUUACAGUUAGUCUAUAUGAAAGAAAUUAGUUAAUGUAAUGUUUGUUUUUGUUGAAUAUUAGUCCUACUUAACAUUCAGUACUAUGACACUAUUCUUGACCCGACUAACAGCCAUUACCACCCCUAGUUUAACCUGACCUCGGCAACCACCACCAGUCGCUUAUGUCUCGUUCGCUGUAGAAGAGGUAUUGUAUGAUAGAUAAUUUUAAUGUUUUAUAUAGUGUUUAAACAGAUAUAUGAAGGCCAUUUAAAACCGCUAAUUAGUCCAGUUUGGAGACGUGAUUGUGACGUCAUAGAAAAGCUUAAGAUGACGCAUUUCUUAAUUAACUGAUAAAAAACAUACAGCAAUAUUUACGUAAUGUAACGAGUAAUAAUUAACAACUUACUAAUCUGUAUUUUUAUCAGAAUUAAUAAGAAAAUUAUAAAUUGUUAAACCGAAUUAAAUUUGAUAUAUUUUGAUAAAUCAUAGUGUAGGUGAGCCUCUGUCGAUAUGCUCUCCAUCAUAUCGGUAUCCUGGUUUUAUUAUAUGUGGUUCCAUUUGAAGUUUGUUAAAGGUGUUGGGGGUUCAUUCUCUUUAAUUGGUGAAGUCCGGUGAUUAUUCCUGCGACACAUCAUGGUGAUCGUACCGCUCCUGCCUACUAUGACUGCCGCCAACCACCCCGUGUGUACUAUCAUGUUUUGUUUAAUAAACCAAUAAAUUACACUAGCAACUUAUUAAAAAUGCGAUGUUGAUACAAUUGAAAUAAAAUGUAGUUAUCUUGGUUUUUUUUAAUUCGUAUAUCUAUGAGUACAGUAUAGACCUUGACUUGACUCGUAAAGUUCACUCAUGCUCUAGAAAUAUUUACGACUCGUGGGGAAAAAGCUAAGUUUAUAAUUUUCAAUAAUAUUCAAGAAAUAGAAAAACUUAACAUAUAUGAAAGUAUCUUAAGUUAGUUAUAAUUAUGAUCGUUUGUUAAAAAGGUGAAAAAAAGAUGGGUUCUGAAUGUCUAAAUCGUGGUAAUAUUUUAACAUAACCAUUGAGAGCAAAUUUCUGAAAAUAUAUCUAAAAUUUAAAUCCUGUUUUGACAAUUUAUAAUUUUCUUACAUUUUCAUUUAUCUUGGUAAAAAUACACUCAGAUUCGUAAAAAUUUAAUUAAAGAUCAUUACAUUACGUAUUUAUUGCUGUAUAUGUUAUUUAUUUUUCAGUUGAUUUUUAAGAAAUGCGUCAUCUUGUUUUUCUAUGACGUCACAAUCACGUCUCCGAACUGGACGAAGAUGAUCAAGUGUAUUUUACCUCCAAAAAGAAACCAAUUACACUUGAGCAAUUUAUUAAAAAUGCGAUGUUGAAUACAAUUAAAAUAUAUUAUAAUAAUU